UUGUUUUAAUCUGUUUUUGUCUCUCGCUUCUUGGAUUUAAACGAACGUAAAUACUACGAAUAUAUAUAUAUUCGUGUGCUUUGUUUGGCGUGCGAGUUUCGAACGUGUUGCUGGCAAAUGAAUGAGGAACAGUGUAAAAAUUCUUGGGAAGAACAGAAAAUUCCAGACCGAUCAAUAUCUCGAAUUUCACGAGCAGAAUAAACAUAUGUACGAUCUUAAGCGUAAAGAUUCUUCUACCAAUUUCUCCUUCUUCCUCUUGUCACGAGACGAGAAAGAAAAAAGCUCAGCAAUGAGUUCCACUAAAUUACACAGAGAUGCGAUAAUGGUAACGGAGGUAACGAGAGAAACAACGAGAGAUGGCGGUAGAGAAGUAAAAACUGAAACGAUUUUAUCGAAACGUAUCCUGCGCGCGCAGGUUUCUUCCGCUUUCGCGACAAAGCGUAAGUGCGCGCGCCGCGGAAACCAGCGUAAUAAUUGGAGAACGAGAAGAUGUACGGCCGACCGAGUACCGCUAUUCCGGCUGACCGGAAUCACUGCUCUGGAACACCACGGUCUUCUCUCCCUCUCUUCUCUUUUCUCUCCUUUUCAAUCUCGAAAACCUGCGCGUCAACGUGCUCGCAGGAGAACACGUGCUACUGAGUAACACCUGUUCCAUGGCUCGAGCGUUUUUUCUUCGAGAGGAUUAUCAAUCCUUGAUCCUGGCUAGAGAAUUAAGUAAUUAAUUUAUUGUUUUCUAAUGUUUUUUCGCGACUUUCUUUCUUUCUCUCUCUUAUAUAAGAUAAAAAAUUUAACUAGCGUGUGAUUAAUAACCUUUGAAUAGUUAUAUAAUUAUUGAAUAUAAUUUUAAUUCUUGGAAUAUGGUGAAACGUUAAAAAUAAUAACUUUUUUGGAUUGUGAUUUACAAAUUGAGAACCAUUAAAUUAAUCUAAUCGUACACUUGAAAUAUUGAAAAUGUGUUUUAUGAGGUCGUCGGUGAUAGAGAGCGGAAAUUCCGGAAUGGAAAUAAUUUCAAAGAUAAAACUUCCGCUUUAUAGCUAAUACGAAGGUCGACAGAAAUAGAAUGGUUCAUGGUUCGAUACUUUAUGACCCCUUUGUGAUUUGUAUAAAUUUACAAUGUCAUGUAGUGAUACAAGGGAUAACUUAAUUUUACAAUCGAAUUUGAAAGCCUUUAUGUUAAGGUAUGUACUUCUGAAU